GCCUCAGCUGGGAGUGCAAGAGCUCUGGCGAUGUUGGAGGGCUACAAUGGCCGCUUGAUCCCGGAUGGCUGGGAGAGGUUCUGGUCAGAGCACAGCGAACGGGCGACCAUGCCUAGCGGACUUGCAGCUCUGGGCGUGGAGAAGUCCGAUAGGGACUUGCUGGGGAGAUGGUGCCCAGAGGGUUCGGACGUCUACGUGCGGACCUACAACGCCAUCGUGAGAAAGAUGCAGAAGAAGAUGGUGAAAGUCCUUAAAGGGGCAAACAUGUACGAGGAGCUGGACGAAGGGGCCGUGUUGGAGGAGCUCAAGGUGUGGCUGCACGAGAAAUGGACUGUGCCAGAGGAUUUGGCCGAGCAGGUCGUGGAGGCAUGGAAGGACAGACUGGGCGUCAAGGGAAUGCCAAGGGCUACCGUCCAGAUCUCGGACGAUGACACCACGAUCUAUGAUGGGUCACAGAGCGAGAAGGAGGACGAUGAGAAGAACAUUAGGGACCCGAAGAAGAGAAAGGUGAACGAACCUCUUGAAGAAGAGAGGGAUGGCAAUUUCGUGGUGGUGUACAGGCGUGCCGGCAGGGGCACAUUGCACCGGCUGGGCGACAAAGGCUGUUGGAUGGCAAGGAAGAGGUUCUUUGUGAGAUCAGAGGUCCACAAAGAGUUGCCACAGCCUGAGGAGUACACGCUUCGAUGCAAGCUGUGUUGGAGCGGAGGAAAUGGACAGCUCAGUGAAUCCACCAGUGAUUCCAGGGACGAGCUGAGUCUCAGAGAUCGUUGCGCAGCAUGCGCGAGGGAAAAUCCAGUGGAGGAGAAGGAUGAGGGCAAGAAGGCCCUUGAAGUUGCGGGUACAGAUAUCAAGUACCUGCUGUCACGACAUGAGGUGAGCAUCGAGAACCAGAAGCUGUUCUUCCACCAUGGAGUGACGACGCUUGAGAAGCUUUCAAACUUCGCCAAGGACCGGGACGACCUGGCGGCAGUCCUCAAGGACCACUGGGAUUUGGACUCGAGUAGGUCCUUGGAUGAGAGGGUGCAGGUGGCAGCGAUCACGUGCGCCUUCAGCAAUGCAAAGACGAGGAGUCAAAGAGCCGCAGAGGUGGACGCCGAGUACGACACCUUGCAGUGGUCGAGGCCGGUAGUGGCCGGAGAAUGGGCGGCUAUGCGGUCAGCAUUGGAGAGGCGUUACGGGCGCGUGGAAGACAAGAUCUACCCCUCCAAGGAGUACAUCGAGAAGAAGCUGGCAGAGGUUGAAAGCGGUGAAUACCGUGCAGAAGAGCUGACUGAGGUCGUGUCGAAAGAAGAAAUCGAGCCCGAUGCUGUGGUGCCUAUUUGGGACUCCAAGGGCCGUCUGGCCAUGCGUAAGGCCUCAACAAAAGUCCCGGAACCAGAGAACGCGGAAGAACUCCGCAGACGAUUGACGAUCUGGAAGAAUGCCAUGGUCAUGAUAUCGAUGAAGCACUCCAAUCGCCAUGAGCUACAAGGAGCGUGGGAGGACGCAGUUGAGCAAUACAAGGACUACUUGUUGGGCGAUUACGUGUAUGGCCUCAGUGCCAAAGACGCUGAAGGGCAGACCUUUGCCUCACCACCGUGGAAGCUGGUCAUUGCCUAUGAACGGGCGAUUCGGAAGCAGGCAGUGAAGCUCACGAACACGGAGGGCAAGCCAUUGACGGUGGCCUUGAAGACAGCGUGGAAAGAUGCAACGGUCAAAGAGAGGAACUUCACUACGCCAUUGGCAUUGUAUGCAAAGAGGCCACCGCCGCCGUGGAGGGAGCAACCAGCAGCCAAGUGGAGGACCCCUGAGAAAGGGGAGAAGGGCAAGGAGAAGGGCAAGAGCAAGAAGGGGAAAGGCAAGGGGGGCAACCCCCAUUGCGCCACUCACACCCCGGACGGCGAGUUGAUCUGCUUCCGCUACAACACCCCGGAGAGAAAUGCAAGGAGGAAGAAGCUCAAAGAGGAGGUAUGGGUGGCCGUGAGGCAUCAGUUGCGGCUGGAGGCGGUACGCUCCCUCGGAAGUGUUGCGGAGGUGGAGAGAGAGGCCUUCAGAAUGACAAGAGGGGGCGAAGCUUUCAGUCUGGUCAGGGACGCUGCAUUCCUUCGAAGAAUCAGGGAAGUCUUGUCGGAGAAGCUUGGGAUCAUGGCCCAGGCAGAGCCGGAAGAGGGGCAGCCAUUCUUUCUGGGCCUCAUGAAGGAGGUAUUGAGGAAGGCUGGUGAUCCGGAUUGGGCUUUCCUGGAGCAAGCAAAGACGGGGUUUCCACUUGGAGUGCUCAACGAACUACCACGGACACCGGAGGUAUUUGAGGAGCAGCUACGUUGGAACCUGGAGAAUGAUGACUGGAGCGAGGCUGCUUGGCAAAAGAGCAAUUACACUUCGGCUGAGGAGCAUGAGAAGUAUCUUGUGGAGCACUUGGAGCAGGAAGUAUCGGAAGGCCUCAUGGUCAAGAUGGAAGAGGGUGCUUUCGUUGAGAAGUUUGGGGACAACAGAGCAGUAGCAGCGUUGGCAGUUCUCGUGGAGGAUGAGCUCACAGGCAAGAAGCGUGUCAUCCAUGAUGGCACGCAUGGUGUGAGGGUGAACCAUCGGAUCAAGUGCAGAGACAAGGUCCGCAUGCCUGGUCCUAGGGAGAAGAGAGCCUUGUUGGAAGAGUAUGAGGCCGAGCAUCGUGCAGUGCUCUCGCUGGUGGGCGACUUUGCGAAGGCUCAUCGCCGUUUCAAGUAUGCAGAGGAGGAGCAGGGUUUCCUUGGGUGCAAAUCUUCCACUCAGUCGAGCACAGUGUAUGUGAACCAAGUGGGCACCUUUGGAGUUGCAUCAACUCCGUAUUGGUGGGCAAGGUUGAGCGCGGCCUUGAUGAGGCUUGUACACUGGGUCUUGGGGGACGCCUUUCCCAAUGACAUGCUCCUGUACGCCGAUGACCUUGAGGUGGUGGCCAUUGGCAGGGAAGGUCGUAUCGGAGGUGUGCUUGCCUAUGGCCUCAUGGCAGCGCUCGGGGCCCCAUUCAAGUGGUCAAAACAGAGGGGUGGCCUCGUCACGGAGUGGAUUGGUCUGACGACAGACUAUCAGACCUAUUCGAUGGGGCUUUCAGUGAAGAGGACAGAAUGGGUGAUCGGCUGGAUACGGUCAUUGAGGGAGCGCAAGGAAGUGUCCUACAGAGAGUUUGCAGCGGGGCUAGGCAGGCUUGGCUUCUCUGCUCUGGCACUCCCCUGGGAGAAGCCACUCCUUGGGCCCUUGUACGCAUGGUCGUCGGCAAUCCAAUCGAACAAGGGUGAGAUGACCAUUCCCUGGGCAGUCCUGUUCAUUUUGAGCUGGAUAGCACAGAGGCUCGAGACCGGGGGCCGCAUGGAAGUCGUGAGGCGGGAGCAUCAGCAGAGGUAUGUGCAGAAGCCUUCACAGACAACAAGGGCAAUGCUUUCAUCAUUCGCUAAGGGCCUCUCAACGAAGUACCCAGUGACGAUCUUGGUCAUUGAGAUUGCGGAGACGCUCAGGAGGAUGGACACCUUUGCAACCUUGACGUGGGUGAGGAGAGAUGGAAACACAUUGGCAGACGCUCUGACCGAUGAAGAUUUCAGUUCCUUCGAGAGCCAGAAAAGAGAGCAAGUCGAAGAGAGCAAGCUGAAGUGGUACGUCAUGGACGAGCUCCUCAGAGGCAGUGAGACGUUGUUCAAUGAGAUCAGGGAGCACAAGAAUAGAAAGAAAGUUGAAAAGGCCAACGGGAAUAAGACCAGGAACAAG